AUGCCAAAUGUUUUAUCCACUUCGGCGGUAGAAAACGGCCUCGGAUUUGGCAGUGGAGUCGACGCAGUUGGCUUCGAUGGAAAUAAUGAACGAUCCGGCGGGGUUAAGGAAGUAGUGCGCAUUCAAAGCAACGAUUCCUGGUUGAUUGGGCUGCGCCACAACGGCAAAUAUAGCGUCAACCAUGUCUACCAGCAUGCGGCACGUGAGGGGUUGGCGCGCGUCUUCAACGGGACGAUGUUCGGUCGCUUCUUGUCCACAUUUGUCAAGUCGCGACAAGAACGGUGCGAGAAUUCCGCAGCUUAG